AUGGCUUACAUCCUCUCAUUGCCGCCAUUGAGUCCCUUGAAACGAUCAUUCAGCGACACGUCCUACAUCAAGACCGGCUCACCUAGGACAACUUCACCUUUAGUAGAUGAUACCUCAACGAUUCGUCAUUUUCCCGCACGCAAUGUUUCAGGCUCUUCCCUUCUAUCACUGACAUCUAUACAAUUAUCUUCGUGGACUCCAACGAAAGAGAAUGUCUCUCCACGACCGCAAGACCACAAUGUACUUGACUUGCUUCAGGACCUCAAAACGCGGGAUUCUGCGCGACGACAUUCCCAGAACAUACCGCGGAAGCCCAUCUGGGUAAUUGGGCGCCAUCCUCAUCCGGAGCGCACUUCCAGCUUACCCAGUCCCGGACGAUCAUCUAGUGUCUCGAACGGCGCCGAACAGAGCUUUGCUCGUCCGAUUGUUGGAUCGAGAGCAGAAGAAAUUGAAGACAUUCUAGCCAGCCUUGACGAGUCAUGCGGGCCAUUCAGUGAAGGUUCUUCACUGUCUUCCUCCUGCUCGAAAACCCACAUAUCCUCUUGCGAUACAAGUACCUAUCAUGACACUGUACCUGAGCAAGUCGUACCAAUACAGACACAUUUCCGCCGAUGGAUGAGUACCCUCCGAAGGCGUAAGAUUGACAACGAAGUGCUGCCAGGUGGAUCAUCGACCUGUGAGUCUGAAGUAUCUCGCGCUCUAGUAUUGAAUAGAAAACUAUGUAAUCGAUCUCUCAGGCUCCCUCAAGCAACUCAUGAAAAAAGUCUUUCUCUAUCAUCGUCCAUGGGAUUCGUCACAACUGUCAAAUCAGCAUCGAUCACCCUUGCAAGCACACAUCGCCCUCCAUGGGCUACAGGAAACCGGUCGAUCAAUAGCAGGCGUGACAAUAGUGGAAUUGAGAAUGGUGACGCUAGAAUCUCCACGGAAAGUACGCCCGCUCAACGUACUCCCCUCAUGGAUGAGCGAUCCUGGGAUCGAGCACGGAAAAGAGGAGAAAUCCUUUCCGAGCUUCUGGCUACGGAGGAGAGCUACAUCAGCGAUAUGAAAGCUCUCGUCAAUGUAUACUUCACCCUACUAGCAUCAAUUCCAUCAUUCUCCACAGAAACUCGUCGAUCAUUCCACAGGAAUGUCGCACAGAUCAUCCAGCUACACGAAGAUCUACUGCGUGACCUCCAUGCAGCAAUUCCAGGAUCUGAAAGUAUCAAGGACGUAGCGAAGCCUUCCCUCACCACAUGCAGAAGGCCGAAACACGUUCGAUGGAAGAGCGCUGAAGCAGUGUCUGAAAGAGAAGUGUUUAGGAAGCUCGGACGAGUACAGAGACACUCGAUUGAUAUCAGAGUAGGGUCCAAUGAAAGACAGAAGCAAGUUGUCGAUACGAUCACUGCAGGUAGUGUUGCAAAAGUCUUCAACAAAUAUAUGAAACGAUUUUUUGCGUACGAGCAAUAUGUCGCACACUUUGAGGAGAUGAAGAAGGACAUGGAGCAAAGCAGGGAAAAUGUACCAUUGUCUGACUAUGAGAGAGGCAUAGAAGCACUCUCGACUGCCCUGCUCUCUCUGAAUCACCGUGGAUCUGAAAGUCGAAAGGGGCUUACAGUGCAAGACCUUUUCAUAAAGCCUGUACAGCGCGUGACUAAGCUAUGUCUCAUGUUAGAGACCCUUUCGAAGCAGACACCAGUCUAUGAUGAUCCGGAGUCACAUGCGGAACUUGAGAAAGCGCUCUUCCGAAUGCGGGAAACGAAUAGAGAGAUAGACAGAGCUACGAAUAAUCCUGCGGCCAGAAAGCUUAUGGAGAUAUCGUGGAUUUUGCAAGAUAGAUUUGAUUUCGAGCACCAGACCUUGUCCAAGCCCAUAAUUUUCAGCCUCCUUGGCCAUGUAAUGCUUUGUGGUGUUCUACACAUUGCAUACCAAGCGAAUGACCGAGUAUUGGGACAAUACAUGAUUUGCGCAUUGUAUAGAUCAUGCCUAAUUCUUGCAACGCCGAAUCGGUCGUUUUCGUCGUACAGUGUUGUCGCGGCGAUUGCUUUGGCAGGUGGUUCACUCGAAGAAGCCGACAACGGGAAGGGUCUCCAGUGUUACACUGCCGCCUUUACAUGGAAGUUAGUCUUCGAAUCCGAACACAAGCUGUACGAGAUAGUUAUGAGUGCUUGUUCAGCAGAAGAGGAAGAGCAAUGGCGGCGAAAUCUUCGGGAACGCAUCGCAUCAGAGAAUCAUGAUUUCGCGGAGGGCCGACUCUCCGUACAAGAUAUCUUUGCUUGUCGUCACCUCGAUCUCAAGUCAUUGGGAUCCGUAUUCGGACAAGCCGAAAGCUUCGUGCGGCGACUGUCAGUCCAUCGAGCUCAAACACUUGGUCCUCGGAUAAACAUUCAUCAGGUUAUAAUCAAGAAUACACAAGCUCGUAAACUGUCAGAUCCUGGACAGCCAACGGUACAAAUACCAGUAGCGAGGUCGCAUUCCCUUUUGUCAACAAACAAUGUGCCUAUUCUGACACCCCGAAGAGCAGAGCGUGUUCGACUAGAGAAUGCUCUUGUAGACGUCUGGACGAAAGAGGUCUUGCCAUAUCCUGGUAUGUCCGGCCGUCGCAGCGAAAAUUCCAUCCGAGCUUCUGCCAAUGCUGUGAUGCGAAAAAUGAGUAUGGCUAGCCUCACGAGCAACUUCUCCAAGAGGUCUGCCAGCGUCAACAAUUUGAGUCGACGCCGGGCGGAAGAUGCUUUGAGAAGCGGGCGGAAGACUUCACCGCCUGUCCUGGGUUCGUCACAUAGCAUAGCUGGGAAGCGGCCCAGUCCCCCUCAUGUGGACUUCCAUAACGAUCCAUUGAGAUUCUUACCCGCCGACUUCGACCUUGCAGAUAGGCGGCAUAAUAGAAUCCAGAAGUCGAACAGAGUGACUAGUAAUCGUCACAGUAUACGGUCUUCAAGAAGAGUGUCUAGACCAACGUCUUUCAUUGCUGGUCGCAAUCGGCCUCGAUCAGAUAUAUCGAUGGCAAUAGAGGCCUCCAGCACGUCUCUUUCGGCAUACACAUUCUCAACACCGCCGAACGACAAGACAUGUACCGAAAGCGAGUGGAUGAAACCCAAACAUAAAGCACCAUCGGGUAGUUCCGGCCUUGGUACUAUUUCGAAAACAAUUCGCAAACAGAAGAGUCGGUUCUGGAAAUUCCUGCCCUGA